GAGAGAGACUAUUGGAUGGCGCAAACGGGGGGGUCGGACCCCGGCCCUAUCUAUAAAAGAGGCCAGCACCGUCGAGUCGACACAACAGUCUCAGGUGUCCAACGCUCCCAGCUGCUUCACUUUGUUGCUUUCCCUUUCCAAUCGAGAGCUGUACUACACCUUUGGUCCAAUAUGUUUGCCGUUUACCUUAUCGCUGCAGUUUUGAUUGCUCAGACGCAAUCGGCCGCCAUUCCCGAAUCGGAGACGGUCCCAAUCGAGACAGUGAUCAUCGAGACGAAAGAGAACAAGGAAGCCAAAUCGUCGGUGGACACGGUCGAUUUCGCACUGCUCGAGUACACGGAGAAAGAUCACGCCAAGGAUAUCGACUCUUAUCUCGACACGGCUGUCCAGGCGGACAAAUUCGGAUGCGGAUCGAGGCUCAUCUGCGAACUGCACCGACGAGCUGAAAGCGAAUUGUUGCCGGAAGAAGUUCUCCUGCGAUCCAUGUUCGAUGGCAAGCCUUUGGCCGUCUCGUCCGACGGACCCAAAGUUGCCAAGGGUCGCGGAGUCUUCCAGUACGCGGCCUUCAUCGGCUCGACGGCCAAGAACUCUGAGACGUGCAGCCGGGCCUUUUCCCGCUGCCCGUUCGACUCUGACACGAUCCUCAUCGUCUUCCGGGCCAUCGGCAGCUCACCGGCCCUCAAAUCUCUCCAGCAUCCUUUCCCCAGUCACAAACUCCAGCCACCCAAGGAAGUUACCUCAGCUUAAUCAUCGCCCAGCAUAAUAUCAAUCGACUGCUGGGCCGCCAGUAUUUUCCCAGCAGUCCAUUUUUGACUCAUAUCAAUUCACACGAAAUAGAGUUUUAUAUUUACAUUUCACCUAUCCCCCCUCCUCCUCCACCCAUAUCGUCCGUGCAAUAUGUUGCUGAUCUGAAUAUAAAUUUUUAUAAUUUUAAACAAA